AUGCCUGAAAAUGUCUUUGAGUAUUCCUCAAACUGUGAACUGAUCCAACAGGGCAUCAGAGAUACGACCAUAAGCCGUCCAAAUGUGGAGGUGCUGGGCAACAUGGCCUGUAUCUUGGAUCGGCCUUACAUUCAGAACUCGGACCCAGAGAUCAUAGAGAAAAUGAAGAACUGCAACGACUUCAGUGAUGCGCAGAGUUCUGCCAUGCAAACAGUUCUCAUUCAGGGCAACACCAAAUAUGGACCACCAUCCAGGUGGAGACGGAAGACCCUUAAUGACCUGGGAAUUCUUCCACUGUACUUUUCCCAUGAUUUCUGGAGAAGAUUCAACCGGAGAACUCAGCGAAACUUUUUGAAAAAGUUCCUGAGAAGUCUGAGACGGAGGAAAACUCAGAAAAGGAAAAUGAAGAGACUGUUUAGACAGCUCAUGCGAGGACUACGGACCAAAAGAGGAGCUAAUGAAUGCACAGUUGGCAACAUCACCCGUGUCACCAUAAGCGAUGACGCCUUCCCAUUUGGAUAUGACGCCACGCAGUUCGGUCACUGUUUAAGUGCUCAGGUUGUAAAGGAAAACCUUGCUAGCCUGACUGAGAAAGUGGACGUGGAUGAAUUCCAGAGAGUCAUCUUGGACAGACUGGAUGAGGCAUAUCCAUCAGGCCUACCGGAUGAGCAGGUUCAGCUGCUUGGGUCGGUCUCUCGUGUGGCCACCACAACUGACCUGAGCAAAUGGAACAUCUCCUCACCCGACACCCUGGCUGCGCUGAUGAACUCAGACGACGGCGAGUGGGAACCCGACAUGAGCAAAUUGAUCGUGACAAAGUUCUUGAGUGGGUCCAACAGCCUUAACUCCUCUGAGCUGAACUUCCUGGGAGGCCCCAACCUUUGUGCACUGGACACCAGCACUCUGACAGACAUCAGCUCAGACAGCAUUAAAGGAGCAGACUCUUUGGAUCUUUCAAACUGUACCACUGAGAAGAAGAAAGUGCUCUUUGAAACUGCCAGACAGGCAUUCCCCGUUAACUUCCAAAACCGGGACAGUGAUGAUACACUGACAUCCUACCAGCUCCUUGAGCCUUACCUGGGAGGUGCCUCCAUUGACGUCAUCAGAGGGUUCUCUGCAUGCAAUGUCAGCAUGGACAUUGAAACCUUCAUCGGUUUGGAUGAACCUGUAGUCUUGGACCUCACAGUCUCCGAGGUGUCCGGACUCCUCGGCAGUAACCUGCCUGACCUGGCCAGCUAUGAGAAUGAAACCGUUGUCCAGAACUGGAUUUCCAGACAGUUCCAGUCUCAGCUUGACACUCUGGACUUGGGCCUAACUGGAGGAAGAGCAGAGGCCGCCACCACAGCCUCCAGUAACUCCACUGGAAACGCUACCACAGCUGCUACUCCCACUACUGUGACCACCGCCACCACUACUGUGACCACUGCGACCACUGCGACCACUACUGCAUCUGCAGGGAACAAAGGAAGCUCAUAUUCACUUCCCUUCAUCUUCCUGAUGCUGAAUAUGGCAUUCAUUAAAAUUCAGAUUGUAUGA